CGUAUACGAGUAAAAAACAAAGGCAAAAUUAAGGAAACAUACAACUGCGCGGUCUUUACUCUACUCUUGCAGGCGAACUUCCGCAUCUACUUCUAAACAGUACUCCUAUUUCGCACAUUCCAGAAUCCCAAACGGCCAAACCAAACUAUUUCUCUACAAUUUCCAUAAUUUUUCAGUUUCUUUUUCGUUGUAGUUGAACUUAUCGUGACCAGGAUCAUAACCAAUUUCUCUACAAUUUCCGUAAAAUGGAGGCAUCCGAAGUUAACGAGCAGGAUUCCAUGCUUCCGCCAAAGAAGAAUCAACUUUCUGAUGAUGAUAAAAGGAGGAAGAAACUUGUGCCAGGAGGUUUGUUAAAAGCUGAAAUACGACCUGGUGUAGGAGACUCUAGACCAUCUGAGGGUGAUCAGGUAAUCUAUCAUUGUACUGUCCGCACAUUGGAUGGAGUUGCUGUCCGCUCUACCAGAAAGGAACUCGGAGGUAAGGGUACCCCUGCAAGGCAAAUUUUGGGUAAAAGCAAGCUACUAUUGGGGUUGCUAGAAGGAAUACCUUCAAUGCAGAAGGGUGAAAUUUCCAUGUUCAAGAUGAAACCUGGGAUGCAUUAUGGUGAGCCUGAUUGCCCUGUUCCAAUCGAAGAUGACUUUCCAAAGGAUGUGGAUCUCCACUUCGAGGUUGAGCUCAUUGAUUUCGGAAAAGCAAAGGUUGUUUCUGAAGAUUUGGGAGUUGUGAAAAAGAUAACAAAUGAAGGACAAGGCUGGGAGUCUCCCAGGGCACCUUACGAAGUAAAAGUUUGGAUAUCUGCAAAAACCAAUGAUGGCGAGUUAAUUUGGAGUCAUGUUGAUGGAGAACCAUUUUUCUUUACUUUGGGAAACUCAGAGUUUCCUAAAGGUGUUGAGAUGGGAAUAGGAACAAUGUCAAGGGGGGAAAAGGCUGUAAUUUAUGUCAAAAAUCAAUACUUGACUGAGUGUUCAGUCAUUCCUCAAGUACUCAAUUUUGAAGAAGUUCAUUUUGAAGUGGAGCUUGUUCACUUUGUCCAGGUCCGUGAUGUGCUUGGAGAUGGGCGCCUCAUCAAACGACGUCUCCGUGAUGGACAAGGUGAAUUUCCUAUGGAUUGCCCACUUCAGGAUAGUAAACUAAGAGUUCACUACAAGGGAAUGCUUCUGGAUGACAAGAAGACAAUUUUCUACAAUACAAGGGACGAUAAUGAUGGUCAGCCUCUAGAGUUCUGCUCUGGAGAAGGGCUUGUACCCGAAGGAUUUGAAAUGAGUGUGCGCUUAAUGUUGCCUGGGGAGUUGGCUCUUGUUACUUGCCCACCUGAUUAUGCAUAUGACAAGUUUCCUAGGCCUACCAAUGUUCCUGAAGGUGCGUAUGUGCAGUGGGAAAUUGAGCUGCUUGGUUUUGAGAUGCCAAAGGACUGGACUGGUUUGGAUUUCAGUAGUAUAAUGCAAGAAGCAGAAAACAUUAGAUCUACGGGUAACAGGCUUUUCAAAGAAGCAAAGUAUGAAUUGGCCAAAGCCAAAUAUGAAAAGGUGCUUCGAGACUUUAAUCAUGUCAAUCCACCGAGUGACGAAGAUGGAAAAGAAUUUCUUAACACAAGAAAUAUGCUACAUUUGAAUGUUGCUGCCUGCUAUCUGAAAAUGGGGGAGUGCAGAAAGUCCAUUGAAACAUGUAACAAGGUAUUAGAUGCCAAUCCAGUCCAUGUGAAAGCUUUGUAUCGUCGUGGAAUGGCAUAUAUGGAACUUGCAGAAUUUCAAGAAGCAAAAAAUGAUUUCGAAAAGAUGAUGAAAGUUGACAAGGCGUCUGAACCUGAUGCUAAAGCAGCGUUACUAAAAUUGAAGCAAACGGAACAGGAAACUGCAAGGAAAGCUAAGCAGCAGUUUAAAGGAUUGUUCGACAAAAGACCAGGUGAGAUAGCGGAGAUAACCACUGAGAAAGCAAAAGAAAUGACCAACGAGGAAACUUCCGUGAACACUGAUCGUGAAGAUUCCAGUAAUGCAAAGGCCAAAGAUAUACAGGAAGCACCUAAAAGUCGUCGUGGAUCAUACUUCAAUAUUGGUCUAAUUAGUUUACUAGUGCUUCUGGUAUGUUUCAUUUUAGUUCUCACAUACAGUGGAGAGCUGCUCAGAAUGUCGUCUCCUCCAGAUGCUAUGCCGGUGCCUGAUAAGUACGAUGAUCUAUAGACGGAUAGAAGUUGUCUAUCGGAGAUGGUUUCCGACAGGUCUUGAAGAUUGUGAUUCGGAACUAACACAGGUUUUGCUUUAUGCCCUAAUUGGCCUGUUACACAAAAAUUUCAUUGCAGUCUAAGAUGGAAAAUUUGUGCACUUUCUCUAGUUUUCUCAAUUAGUUAGCUGGACAUGAACAUAUUAUUCCUUCCUUUAUAGUUAUUAUUAAGGAACACAUUCGACUUAUGUCCAUUCUUAAUUGAGUUGAAGAUUUAUGAUUUUUUUUUUUUGGAAUUAUAAUAAAUGUUUGAUUUUUGGAUAUAAGUUUUAAGUUGUAAUGUUAUGAAAAUACCAACUUAAAAACUUAAAAUGAUAAUUUGCUGAACAAUCGUAGGUGUAUUUUUCUUGCCAACAAGUAACAUAUACUUGAUAUGGUACGUCAAAUACGUUAUUAGUGGGAAAAUUGUAACAAACAACAUUAUGAAUUAGUAAAUGUAGAUGUUGAAUGUUGAGUAGAUAGGAAAUUUGUGUCGGGCUGUGCCAUCUUUGGGUCGAGCUGGAGCAAGCCAUGUACAGUUUCAGGCCGUGCCGUGGUGUGUUGACUACAUAUUACUUUCAAACAAUGACUCGUAACACAAUACGAACAUGCAAGCUUUGUUGUCGCAUGUUACUAUACAAAUUUCUUUGUUUUCAUUUUAAUCUUCAAAAUUUGUUAUAAAUGAUGGGCUUCACAAGCCAUAACGACAUAGUAUACAUACAACUUAAAAAAAAACACAUGUCUAUCAUUGUUUGGUCAUUAUUGGAAAAAUAAGGUACAUAUGAUUCAGCAUUGAAGAAUUGAAGAGAAGUUAGACUAACAUAUACGUGACCAACAUAUAUACAUUUGAUGGAUACAAGCUACUCCUCCUAUUACCAAUUUGUUUUAGGAUAGAACCUCGUCAAAACGUAUUUGCAAUCAACUCUCAGGAAAAUUUAUCAUAAUAUUAAAGCUGACGGUUACUAAAAACAAUAAAAUUUGGUAUUCCAUGAAAAAAUGUGCAAGCUCGGGAAAAAUGAUAUUUUCACCUAACUAAAAAAUAUAUAUCGAAAAUUUAGAGUGAUGUUAGAUCAAUAUAAACGCAGUCUACUCUUCUCAUUACCAAUUCAUUGAUUUUAGGAUAAAAUUGUCUUGCCAAUCUCACAAUUGGGCGUAUCCAAAGGCCCCUUCUUUAGUCGUUAGUCUUUAGCCAGUAGCCACCAUUGAGUGCUCAACAAUGAUAAUCUCACAUGCAAACAUCAUAUUAUCAAUCUCAUCACUCCCCCCGAUUUGAUCUGCCGUUUGCCAUCACUAUCCUCCGAUUUCCGCCGCUGCUUAAGCCGGUUUUCUGUUUACCUUUAGAGGUUGUUGUCAUCUAGAAAUCAUGAAUUGGUUGCGACGCAAGAUCUACCUUUACAAUGUAACUUUUGGGCUCUACAUGUUAGAUUGGUGGGAGCGUUGUCUUUUCAAUGUGCUGGUUAUUGUUUUAAUGUGGUAUAUUAUCUACAAUGGGUCACGGAAAUUAUCUGAACUUUGCAAUAGUUCUCUUGGUUAUGCGGACCCUCUAGUAUCUAUUAACAAGUAUCUGUGGGGAGGUGCGUAGAUACCUUAACCUACAAGCUACAACAAGAUCAUUUAAUACCCUCGUUGAUGUCGGACAUAACAGCCUAUCUACAAACAAAUGGUAAUCUCGUAUGCAAUGAAUUUUAAAUUAUUGCCAUUUGUUUCUUCUCAAAUCUCUUAAAUUUCAAUCCUCGUUGUUUGUUGUAUAUUAGAGAAGAUGAUCAUGUCUGUCAUAUGUUAAUCUUGUUUAGUUCCGUUCCUAUGUUGUAUCUAAUGAACACCUAGAAGCUGGGCAUUCCUUACGGUUAGAUUGUCCUUUCUCUUUCGCUUGCAAUCUUGUUACUUGUACAUUUUACAACUUGUUUGGUACAUGGUCAUAAAUGGUCGGCGAUAGUUAUUCUAA